AGCAUUCGGAUCUACUCGAGUAUGGGAAUCCCUGCGUAUUCACAACCACCAACCAGUCUCCUUCCCACUCAUCCCACUUCCAUCACCCAUCAUACCCUUGGGUCGGCCUACGAUAUUAUCAACCAGAUACCGGUACUCUUUCACAUCCGAUUCUACAUCCUGCCACUCCUGAGCCGCCCAUCAAUCGAGCCAUCCCUCUCCUCACAAUCACUGGCAAGGCAUCUCUGAUCUCGUCACAUUGCGAUUGCCAGCCGAGAUAUCUCCUCCCCUCUUGUUUCGCCUUUUUUCCUUUCCUCUUUUUUUUUUUUCUUUCCCUUUUUCCUUUUUCCCUUUUCGCGAAUCUGUCCUUGGCAACGUACCAGUAUUCCCCCCGGCCGUCGACCAGGAAAAGAUUUCCCGCUCCAGAGCCAGUUGCUAUCGUACUCUUUUCACGGAACCUCUUGCUUUGCCCCUCUACAUUAAAAUUAAGACCCCCGUGCUCCAUCGGCAUUACCGGCCCACCAAUAUUUCCAUCCUCCGCACUCCCACUUAUCCACUCAGUCUAACCUACCGCCGAUGUCGAUCACUCCCCCUUUUGGUCGAUGGCUAUCAACAACACAUAGCAUGAGCCCCCGUGCCGUUUCUGGUUUCCAUUACGCAUAAUGGCAAAAGGUGGGAGAGGUCGAUACAUACACCGAGUGAGCCCCAGAGGCCCAAAUUUCCUAGGCGAAUCACAAACCUGAGUCCGUUAUCUCUUGGACCCCUCGUCUCGAACUGCUCCUAUACCGGGACCAAGUCUAUAAAGCUGCUCCCACCGCGCCCACUCCUCACUUAUUUGAGGAUCAUCCAUUCCGGAAAACCAUCCAUCACUCACCAUUCCCCGCGCGCUUAUAAAGACAUAUUGGAUAAUCCAUCUCAAUAAUGACCCACAAGUCUUCACACUCGAUGGCCUCGCACUCCGCAAGGAGACCGGGUACUCGUACUAGACCUUCAUCAUCACCGCCUCCAUCACCAAGCACACCCCCUAGCAACUACUCCCUUUCUAUACAACAUGCACCUUCUACUCAAGGCUACAUCACUUCUGGUCCCCCUUUUGAAAUCAGUCGGACAGUCAAUAUCACCGUUGAGGUGUCAUCAUCAUCCUCAACUCCUGCAUAUAAUGGCUACGACGUUAGGAAUUACCCUCCGGUCACCACCACCUGUUACUCAACUGAGCCCUCCUCCCCCUCGGCUUCGGUAAGCUCAUACCAGUACGGCAUGUACGAAUCAAUAUCGAGUUUUCCCGACUAUUCCAAUCCACCGUCAUCCGCGGACACCACUGCCCCACCAUCAUCACCGUUUCAAGGGUACACCCCAUCCACAAGUAGUGCCGCGUCUACAAACUACAGCUACUACGCCUCGGGAGGGUACGCCCCAGAGCACUGCGGGAGCCAGUCUGAAUACUCGGGCAAUCAAUCCCAAGAAAACCAGACGACGAGGAGGAGGCAGAGUACCAGGUCCCACAGGAGCACUCCCCACCGCGGGUGAUGCUCGAAAGAUUCCUUACGGUAGACUCUGGGAUGGACUCGUUAGCGUAUCUAGCUAGGAUCGCUAUUCGGUGUGGGGAUGUCAGGGAUGGGGAAGUGCCCUUAUUACCGUUUCGGGGGCGGUGAAAGUACUUAUUUCUUGUUUCCUAUUUUUCUUUGCGUUCUUCGCUUUUCUCCUUCGUUUUGAUAUGGCGUUGGGGGUCUCGGGUAACCCCAUUUCACUUCACCUUCCGUUUCCUUGUCUCAUUUCUAACUCCGGGGGAGUCUGGGUUUUUGGUAUCUCCUUCAUGUACUGUAACUAUCUUUAUUGAGCUCUCCUUUUCCUCUUUUAUUUUUGGGAGCAUAAGGUCUUUUUUUACUCUUCCAUUUUUAGAUUUUUAGCGAGAAGAGAGGUUUGCUCCCAAAAAAGAGAGUCGACCGU